CUUCAUAGAUGCAAAAUAUAUUAUAUGCCCAAACGAUAACGUGAUUUUAGCACAUGGAAUUCAACAAUUUUGUAACUCACAAAACCUUCAUGAAAAUCAUUCUUAUAAUACAGGUAAUAAACAGCUAUACUACAAGUUUGUGGAAGGACAAUUCAGGCCCUUCCCGAAUAAAAGUGUUUUUACAACUUCGUCUGCAAACGUUUUCAGUUAAUCUCUUUUUUCAGUAUAGUUUCAAGAAUAUUAAUGAAUGACUGUCUUACACUGCCGAAACAAAAUGUGAUUGAAAUUUACCUAAAUACACUGAUUUAUGUACAUAUGGCAACAUUAUUUUAAUAAGAUUUUAGACAUUAAACACAUUGUCUUGGCCUAAUAUAUCACUGUCGAUUUUAAACAUAAAUUUUGUACAUUUCAUAUUUUUCGUGCAAGUGGUGUAUAAUUACCAUCAUGGAAAUACAGUUAUUUUGUUGCGCGUCUUUAAACGGAUAUUCGUUUGAAACAAUUUUAAAAUCACGUGUUCCCGAAGAAUUUCCGACCGAUUACGGAAAAACGAUAAACAUGAAAGUAGGACAAAAUGACCCCCCAUGUCAGUCUAAGAAAAUACAGAAACAAUCAUUUGUUUCUCUGUUCUUGUGUUGAUUUCAAGGGAAUAUUGCAUGGCUAUCAUAAUGUUUAGUACUAUAUUACAAAAUGUGUAGGUUUUUUUUAAGAUUUAUGUCUAUUCAUUUGUCUUUAUUUUGCACCUUUAAAUCUAUUCUGAGUGGAAUGAAGGUGCUGGCAACAAAACCAAGAGGAAGUGGGUUUGAACCAUACUGGUAUUAUAUGAGCACUUCCUUCAAAGACUUCAAUACUGGGCUUUCUUUAGGAUGUUCUAACUGUUGUGCAGAUUGUCAAUUUAAUCAAGUUUAAUCAGAGAUAUGUUUUUCCAUAGAAUCACUGUAAAGUUCAACACCUUCACUUUAAUGAAGCUGACAUAGCAAAUGGAAAGUAAACAACUUCUUCCUGUUCCAUUACAGCAAUCAACAAGAAAUAAAGUAAUUGUAAUGCAGCUUACAGAACAUGGCUCCCUGUUUAAUAUGUUAGAAGACCCCAAACAUGCUUAUGGACUCCCUGAGGAAGAGUUUCUUAUAGUAUUUGAACAUGUCACUGCUGGAAUGAAAUACAUGAGAGACAGUGGUAUAGUGCACCGGGAUAUCAAACCCGGCAACAUUCUACGAUACAUUGGCGAGGACGGAAGAUCCAUUUACAAACUGACAGAUUUUGGAGCUGCUAAGCAAUUGGAUCAUGAAGAAGAACAGUUCAUGUCCCUGUAUGGCACAGAGGAGUACUUGCAUCCUGACAUGUAUGAGAGAGCUGUCUUACGAACUCCUGAUCGUCGUCAGUUUACAUCGAAAGUAGAUUUAUGGAGUGUGGGUGUAACGUUCUUCCAUGUAGCAACGGGCCAGUUACCAUUCAAACCAUAUGGAGGCAGAAGGAACCGACAAAAAAUGUUUGAAAUUACACGCCACAAAGAAAGUGGGGUUAUAAUGGGAGUCCAGCAUACUGAAGGAGGCAAUAUAGAAUGGAGUAAAGAACUACCAAAAACUUGCAGGCUUUCUGAUGGAUUAAAGCUUCUCAUCACACCAAUAUUUGCUCGUCUUCUGGAAUCUGAUCCUGCUAAAGUGUGGAACUUUGACGCUUGUUUUAGAGAAAUUGACUCUAUAAUAAAAAAGAAAGUGAUAAAUGUAUUCAGUCCACACACUUGGAAUAGUCUCAAAAUAUAUAUCAAAAGUGAAAACAAGUAA